UUGGCAGAGCGGAGCGUUGUGCGCGGGGCUGUGCCGGUCGCCUUCGGUCGUCAGUGUCGCGCUCCGCCGCCAGCCGCCGGACCGCCAGAUGGUGGGGCCGGAGGAUGCUGGCGCCUGUCCGGGAAGGAAGCCCAGACUGUUCCCUCCGCCGGGGCCCGAGCCCGGGGGCCGCGACGGGAGGAUGAUCGGGGCCACGGGCGGCCCCGGGGGUGGCCGCGGCAGCUGCUGCCUGGAGCCGCAGGAGGAGGGGGAGGAAGAAUCGGAGGAGGAGGAAGAAUCGGAGGAGGAGGAGGAGGAAUCGGAGGAGGAGGAGGGGGCAACGCCGCCGCCUCAGCGGCUGAUUCAGCGAUACUUGGCGGUGGCGGGCGGGCAGCUGGAGCCGGCGCUGUGCCACUGUAGCCCGCUCGCCGGCAGCCAGGCCGGCCGUCCCCCGCCGCCGCCGGGCUCGGGCUCCCGGCUCUGCGGGGACGAGCCAGACGGAAAGCCCCCUCAGGGCGGCGGCUUGCGGCCCCCGCGCCCGAGGAUGACCAACGGCGACUCGGGCUUCCUGCUGGGCCCGGGCUGUCACGACCUCGAGGCCGGCGGGCUGCCCCUGCCCGCCCGGUCCUGCUCGUCGUCGGCCCCGGAGGGAGGCGGCGGGGGGAGCUUUCUCCGCUUCCCCCGGGAGCCGCGCUGCUGCCGCGCCUCCAGCCUCCGCCGCCUGCCCGGGCCCGACAACGGCGGCGAGAGCCCGCCCGACGGGGCGACUCCGCUGGAGGACCCGCUCCGGAGCUGCCGCUUGGGAGCGGUGGAGCCGGGGGAGCCAGGCGGCGGCUCGGGCUCGGAGGACGUCUCCGGAGGUCGGCAGUCGCCGCCGCCGGCCGGGCCCAGGGCCGCGCAGCGCGGCGGGGAGGCGGACGAGAGGAGCGGGGGGGCCCACGCCGAGCCGGGCUUUCGCUUCACGGACGUGAACUUGAACUCUCGGAACACGUACGAGGUGAGCCGCCGACAGAGCGCCCCGGACUACCUGGCCCGGGAGGGGCUCCUGGGGCCCCCGGCCGCCUCGGAGCUGGGCCCGGCGGGGGCUGCGGCCAAAGCCCGGAGGAGCGGCGGCGGAGGAGGUGGUGGUGGCGGCGGCGGUGGUGGUUUUGCGGACUUCUUCACCAGAAAUUUUUUUCCAAAAAGGACAAAGGAAUUGAAAUCUGCUGUCCAUAGUGCUCCUGGCUGGAAGUUAUUUGGUAAAGUCCCACCCAGAGAGAAUCUGCAGAAGGCUUCUAAAAUUAUCCAACAGGAAUAUGAAGCACGAACAGGGAGGACAUGUAAACCUCCACUUCCGUCCACAAGACGUAAAAAUUUUGAAUUUGAACCACUUUCAACCACUGCUCUCAUUCUUGAGGACCGACCAUCAAAUCUUCCUGCCAAAUCAGUUGAAGAAGCUUUACGUCAUAGACAAGAAUAUGAUGAAAUGGUGGCUGAGGCUAAAAAGCGAGAAAUCAAAGAAGCACAUAAAAGAAAACAAAUAAUGAAAGAACGGUUUAAACAAGAAGAAAAUAUCGCAAGUGCGAUGGUGAUAUGGGUCAAUGAGAUACUACCAAAUUGGGAAGGAAUGCGUGGGACAAGAAGAGUUCGAGAAUUGUGGUGGCAAGGACUGCCCCCUAGUGUUCGUGGGAAAGUAUGGAGUCUCGCUGUGGGAAAUGAACUCAAUAUCACUCCUGAACUUUAUGAAAUUUUCCUCUCCAGAGCAAAGGAACGAUGGAAAAGCUUCAGUGAAACAAGUACAGAGAAUGAUGUAGAAGAUGUAGGUGUAUCUGUUGCUGACCGGGAAGCUAGUCUGGAAUUAAUUAAGCUGGACAUAUCCCGCACAUUCCCUUCUCUCUACAUCUUUCAGAAGGGUGGUCCUUAUCAUGAUGUCUUACAUAGUAUCUUAGGAGCAUAUACAUGUUACAGGCCCGAUGUUGGUUAUGUCCAAGGAAUGUCCUUCAUUGCUGCAGUGCUCAUUCUCAACUUGGAAGAGGCAGAUGCUUUCAUUGCCUUUGCAAAUCUCUUGAAUAAGCCAUGCCAGUUGGCCUUUUUCCGUGUAGAUCAUAGCAUGAUGUUGAAAUAUUUUGCAACAUUUGAAGUAUUCUUUGAAGAAAAUCUUUCCAAAUUGUUUCUUCACUUCAAGUCUUACAGUCUUACUCCUGACAUAUACUUGAUAGACUGGAUCUUCACGCUGUAUAGCAAGUCACUUCCACUUGAUCUGGCCUGUCGAGUUUGGGAUGUCUUUUGUAGAGAUGGAGAAGAAUUUUUAUUUAGAACAGGAUUAGGAAUCCUUCGAUUAUAUGAAGAUAUACUUCUGCAAAUGGACUUUAUUCAUAUAGCACAGUUUUUAACCAAACUGCCAGACGACAUCACAUCAGAAAAGCUUUUCAGCUGUAUAGCAGCUAUUCAGAUGCAGAAUAGCACCAAAAAAUGGACACAGGUGUUUGCAUCUGUAAUGAAGGAUAUUAAAGAAGGGGACAAGAACCAUAGUCCAGCACUGAAAAGCUAAUCUUCACAAUUAAAAGCCUAAUUGAAAUGUGGAAAACAAUUUAAUAAAAUACUUUUUUCUAUGUGGAAAACAGAGGAAAAAAUUGGAGAAAUCCAGAAGAAUCAAGAGAGAUGGACAGAUGUUGAAUUUUCACUCAGUGGCAAAAGUAGAUAAAUGGAUAUCCUGUUGCCAGUAUUAUUUUUAAAAAGUAUUGUGUGGGGAAAACAGUUUUCACAAAGAAAAAUUUUGAAAGUUGCUAGUUCAUAUUCCAUAAUUUGAGGUAAAGAAUUUAAUGCAAUAAAAUUUUUAAAUAAUCUUGGUUGGAACUUGGUUGGAAGUUUUUGAGGCAUGCUUUUUUCUUUUUAAUAAACAGUUACCAGAAAGGCACUUUUGGAGGUCAAAAGGGGGCAUGUUAAAUAGUCUGAACCCCAAACUGCUUUCUGAACCAAACCCCUCAGUACAGAUAUUACCUCCAGAUUUAACCAGUUGAAAAUAUUAUGGACCAAAUAAAUUUCUUUGUUGUCUAUGUGCCUAAGACUAUGAAACAUUGGGUUAAACUUAUUUGGGUCACUGAUGUCAUUCAGUUUCAUCCAUCAGUUGGGGCAAAUAUGUGUAACUCAGGAACUGGAAAUAUUGGUGGUAGAUUGUACUUCACUGGUUUCAGGUAUUUCUUUUCUGGUAAUAUUUUAUGUUUGUUAUUGAAGAAAAAUUAUGUGGACAUUCCUUAAGAGAUUCUUAGCAACAGAGGAAUGUUAGCCUUUCCAUUUCUGGUCUAAGAAAUGAUUUUAUUCAUGAAGUCAUAAAACACUAUGAAAAUGGGGAAAAAAUGGUGGAAGGAAAAGUUUUUCUUUGCACUUUAGUGGGCAGAAAUUUUGGCUUUGGUAGUCAAUCCAUAAAUGUUAAAGUGAGGUUUUACGGUGAUUGUUUAAUCACAGUAAAGAAACUACCCUAGUAUGUAAUGCUGACAGUUUUAAGUAGCAUGGUGCUUGGCAAAGACUUGACAUUCUUUGUACUUAAAAUCCUUCCACUGUUGAACAACAAAAUUUUGUAAAUAUAGAUUUGACAUUUGAAACCUUAAUUUAUAAGCCAAGUCAGUGACUUGCAAAAUGUGCUCUAGAUGAUGAAAAAAACCUAAUUUUUUAAUCAAUGGAAAUGAAUGAUAGCAGUAAUACAAUUGAACAUUAACUUUUUCUAAUAAGGCAAACUUUGAUAUUUAUUGUGUAUUGAUUAUGUUAAUCACUGGUAGACUUGAGAUCAAAUUUAUCACUACAACAUUUUAAUUUUGGAACUAAAAUGAAUCAUUUGAAUGUUAAGAGCAGUAUCUGCAUAACAUGCUACUUAUUUAAAGAAUGCUUUUAUGUUGCAGUUUGGUUUAUAACUACCUUUAAGCACAUUAUUUAUAUUGUUAAUAUGUAGUCUUCAAGGUAACAGGUCUGGUAUCCUUAUUAAUGUGGUGACUGCCUCUUUAGGAACAUAGAACCUGAGAGUGCCCACUUACUUCCAUCCCUGUUUAUUCCAGCACUGUGACUUGGGAGGGCCUCUCAAUAGUUACUCCUAGUAACAGAGCAGCAGUGAAGCUUGCUAGGGGGAGGAAACUUUCUGUGAAAUAAUGUUUGGGGUGGGGGGGACUGCAUCAUAAUAAGAAGCCACUCCAGUGUCUGAAAUGAAUGACUAUAGUCAUUGCCUCAUGCCCAGUCACCGACUUUGUUGUUUUCAAUGGCCCUGGAAAGUAUUGAGCAUUGAACCCUGGCAGUCACCAUAUUGACAUCAUACCACAUGUUUAAGUUAAAUUAUAUUUUUAUGUAUUCAUUUCUUUAGUUGGAACCAAGUUAUUUCUUUGAGUUUUGUUUUAUUAUUGUACAGUUUCUUUACCUUUCAAGUAUAAGCUUGUAUAUAAAAAUGUAAAUAAAAGGGACACAUUAAAGACCACUAAUAAAAUUCCUAUGUAAAUAAAAUUGUAAGCAGAGUAAUUACUUGAGUCUUCAUUACUUUUGGGUUAUCUGCAUUAAUUAACUGAAGCUGGAAAAUGAUAACUAAAUUUUUUUUUGCCAAAUUUUUCUUGCUUAGCAUUGCCCCAGGCCUGGUCCUAAAGGACUGGCAGUAUUGGCAGCUGCAGUAGCAUACUGCAUUUGCCCAUGAGCCAUUUGUACACAGUUCAUAUGUCAAUGUGUAAGAUAGCUACUUUAUUAAAAUUUUCUUUGAAAUGGAAAACGUUUUACUAUGUCAUCAUAAUAAUGUGAAGUUUAGUGUUACACAUUUCCCUUGUAUACUUAUGCAAAGUAACUUUUUAAAAAGUUGGCAGCAUAUUUUCUUACUCCCAUUUCCUUUUGUGACUGGGCAAUAUCCCUUAAGUUUACAGUGAGGUAUUCUUACUCCAAAUGCUGCUAGAAGGCACCGAACUCUUGUAUUCAUGGCAGUUUCCACUGAGAGCAAGUUGCAAAUCUCUCAGAUCACUCCGGUGUAUACACCCAUGGUCAAAUGCCUUUAAAUGAUUAGUCUGGUACUGAACUCUGAAGAGAUAAUCCAGCAUUAGCAAGAAGGCACUGAAAUUUCUAAAGUCUCUGUGAUUAAUUUAACAACUUUUCCUGUAGCUUUGAAUUGAGGUUACUUUUCUCUAGUUCAGUUCACUUUCAAUAUAGCUGCACUAAUAUGUGUAUUUCAAAACUGUGAUCCCAAAUCAUUUUUAAUUGACAUUACAUUACAUUGUAAUUUUUUUGGGUAGCAACAAUAUGUCUAUUUCUUGUCUUGCUAAGCUUGCUAUUAAAAUUAAUUUGCAUUCCAUAAGAGAACACAUCAACUGAUAGGAACAGAUCGGGAGUAAAGCAGCCCUAAAGUCUGUGGUACAGGGAAGUCAGUCUGGAAUUUUAAAUUUGGGGGUGGAUAAUCUGCCAUCUUGAUAAUAAAGAGCUGUAUCUGUGUGGCAUAAGUGACAUAUUUUAAUUUAAUAUGAAGCCAUUACCCAGGGUUUAAUAAAAAGCUGUCAUAGAUUCCCAAAUGUAGUAAAACCUUAAUAAAUUGGACUUCACUGGAUUAGCAUUUGUGAAAAUUUCUAGGAAAGAGAGAAUUUAAACAAAACUUUAAAGAAAUAGUUCAGCUAAUUGGCAGAAAUGGAUUUUUAGAAUGCUUUUAGAAGCAUUUUUAACAUGUAAUUUAAUUGCAAAGUGGCAGGGCCCACAGGUCCUUACUAAUGCUUUAAUAUGCUAAUUAUAAAUCUUUGUUUAUUUGUUAAAAAACAAUGCUUCUUUCAUACCACAAUUUUUUAGGUUUCCUGCAUGUCCUAGAAAUAAGUAAAAUUUCAUUUCUUUAAAUAUAACAUUUCUUUAUUUUAUUCAAACUAGUCUUCCCGUAAUUAAUCUCACUUGGUGAGGUUUUUCCAUAUGCUGCAGGCUGAAUUUACCUUAUUGUGACCAUUCUUAAGGAAGUUAUCUUUCUGCUGCAUUGCAAAACCUUUUCAUUUGUUGACAUUAAGAAAAAUGGAAACUUUCAUGGUUUUAUUUAAGUGACUUUUGUACAAUUACAAUGUAUUUGGAAGUCAAUUUUGUAAUAAACAUGCUAUGAUAAAAUUGAUAACAGCCUUGAUAGUAAUGUAAAAAUAGAGACAAGAACUGAUUACA